ACGACUUGGUUUACAGGAAGAAAGAGGAGAAGAGGAAUAAGAGGAUAAUAUUCGCCAUCUGGAGACACCAGCGAAACGGACAGAGUGCCCCGAACCAAGAUCGAUCAACGCCCACGGACGGGGCAGGUUGUCCUGAUAUUACCAUUCUCGGAGCACUGUGAACCGGUGCCGCACCAACUCGAAUUUACCAACAUGGCAGCACUUGAUGCAAUCUGCUGUUGUCUAUUUACAUACUCUUUCUGAAUAGAGAGUCGAUAUAUUUGCACAGUAUCUUGAAGCAUUGACUGAAUCAAAAUGGAAGCCGAAUACACUCGUCUAGCAGAUUUACUGCGCCAAAACGCAAGCGAGCACCCCAAAAAACGCUUCCUGGUUGCCAUUGCCGGAAUCCCAGGAUCAGGAAAAACGACAACAGCCUCCGCCGUCGUGAAUCGGCUCAAUUCAGACCCUUCUUCUCGCGCAGCUCUCCUCUCCAUGGACGGGUUCCAUUUAUCAAGAGCGACGUUGGACAAGCUCCCAAAUCGAGAAGAGGCAUAUAUACGUCGUGGUGCACCGUGGACAUUCGAUGCACCGCGCUUCGUUACUUUCGUUCGACAACUACGCGACUGGGCGGAUAAUACACCCGUGGCCUCACCUGAUUCACCAAAAGAAGUUAUAUACGGACCAUCAUUUGACCACGAAGCCAAAGACCCCGUUGAAAACGGCAUGGAAGUUACCAGCGACGCAACAAUUAUCAUCCUCGAGGGAAAUUACCUACUGCUAGACGAGCCCGAGUGGCAGGAGAUCUCAACGUUGGUUGAUUACCGAGUUUUUGUCGAUGCAGACCUACAAGAGGCGAGAGGACGAGUCGCCAGACGACAUGUUAAGGCUGGUAUUGAGAAGACGUUGGAGGAUGGGUUUCGACGGGUGGACAGCAACGAUUAUUUGAAUGGGAUUACCAUCAAAUUGAAGCUUAUUGCACCUGACCUGGUUGUUCAGAGUUUGACAGAAUGAUUUAUCUUGUUGUUGUAUUUUCCAUCUCAUAUUUUCUUUUCAUUAUCGUUGUAUUUUGUUAUUCUGCUACUACUUUGUUGUAGACUAUUUUGUUGCCCAUGAAUACACGAUGUACUUGAAUGCCACCCCAUUUACUCUUUGAUCGUUUGCUUAUGGAAUACAUCUAUCCUGUCAGUUUGAAUAUAAAAGAAUUGGAAUGAUCAUACCUGGAAUCUCGGGCAUCCACGUCGCCCUAUCCUUACAAAAGAACUCCCCCUUAGGGGGCAAAGCCUCAGGAGAAUCCAGCGAGCCUACACAAAUAUAUCGGAAUUGAUGUUUAACAGCAUCCUACACAAUCAUAGUCAGAUAUAAUCCACCCAU